GCUCCCAGGGAGUGAACACUACGCCAUGAGGAAUACCAUCUACUUUAUCGGCGUUGCGCUGGCCGUGGCCCUGAUGGGGGUCGCAGCACAGAAGCGGCCACCAAACUACAACCCGGCGAAGAUGCCCGACACAGACUUCGACUGCAGCGACAAGAUCAUCGGCGGUUACUACGGCGACGCGGAGACCGAGUGCCAGAUGUUCCACGUGUGCGUCAAAGUGCCCGGCAUCGGGGUACAGGACUUCCGGUUCCUCUGCCCGAACGACACGGCGUUCGACCAGGAGAACCAGGUCUGCGACGACUGGUACAACAUCGACUGUGAGUCCUCAUCCCUUUACCUCGGAGACAACUUCGAUUUGUUCCGGAUCGGUGCAGGCCAGGUGUCGUCGCCGAGGAACGCCGGGUCGCGGCCGUCGCCCACCCCCAUCGCGCUGGGCCCGUCCACCACCAGGCCCGCCGUGCAGCAGGCCAGCCAGGGCCCGCAGGCCGUGCCCCAGGGCCUGCCGCCCGCGCCGCGCACCAAGCCCAUCGCCUCCAACCACGCCGGCGAGGAGGACGACGACUUCUUCCUGCAGCGCGCCGACACCGGUGACCGCCGUCUGCACCACGGCACCAGCCGCGACCUCUUCAAGGGCUCGCAGAGCGGCAACUUCUUCAACAGCAAGAACGGUGGCAAGGACGACGACGACGACUACGAGCCCGACACCAGGCCCAACGCCUUCCGCCACAGCCAGAAGGCCAAGAACCCCGGGCCGCUGCCACCCUUCGUGCAGCAGUACCAGCAGCAGCACCUGCAGCAGCAGCGACCCGUCAACCAGGUGCAGCCUCAGCAGCGGCCUGCCAACAACAACAACCAGCAGCAGCAGCCGGCUCAGCAACAACCCCGUCCUAACAACAACAACAACUUCCAGCAGCAGCCCCAGCAGCAGCGCAACAACAAUGUCCAGCAGACGACGCAGCCGCCCCAGCGGACCUUCCCCACCACUCAGCAGCCCCGUCAGACCUUCCCCACCACACUGCCGCCGCGACAGAACUUCCAGCAGCAGCAGAACUUCCAGCAGCAGCAACAACAACAGAACUUCCAGCAGCAGGACGCCUUCGCCCAGAACAACCAGCAGCGCAAGAAGAAGGUGACCGUCCGGAGGAAGCUGGUCCAGAAGGGCGACCAGGACCAGGAGCAGAACUUCCAGCAGAAGCAGCAGUUCCAGCAGCAGCAGCCCCAGUUCCAGCAGCAGCCGAGGCGCUUCGAGGAGGACGAGGAGUACUUCAGGACGUACACGCUGGACCAGCACAGCAACGUGGACAGCCCCAACCAGGCGUUCGGGCAGCGCGGCAACUUCCCCGCCAUCCGCACCACCAUCGCGCCGAUCACCCACGGACCCACCGCGGCCUCCCAGACGCAGGGCUUCACGACGUUCACGUCGGGCGCGCCGACGACGGCGUACACCGCGGCCGCCACCACCACGACCGUCGUGGACGCGGCGCGCAACCACAACUACCAGACCAAGGCGCGCUACAACACGAUCCAGCGGUCGCGCGGCGAGCUGCCCACCACCGCCACCGAGUACUUCACCUCGCCGUCGACGCCCGCGCCCACCACCACCACCCAGCAGAAGCAGUACUCGCUGUUCUACGCCAAGCAGCAGCAGGCACAACAGCAGCAGCAGACGACCUUCCCGACCACCCCGCAGCCCUUCCAGCAGCGAGGAUCCUCCCCGGCCGCCACCACCACCACGGCCAACAACAACAACCGCUUCAACUACAACACCUACAAGCUCAACAACAACGGCGAGACCACGGCUGACGACUACGAGCACCCCGAGGAGCAGGAGUUCCUGAAGACGGCGCACUCCAACAACUACCGCGCCAGCGACUUCAACUCGUUCAACCGUGCCACCACGUACAACAAGGACAACGGCAACAGCGCGUACAACACCAAGGCCUCGACCAGCUCGGCCGCCGCCAACCAGACCACCGCGGCCACCAAGCCCAGCUCCGCCUUCCCCGUGUACUUCCCCACCAGCCCUCGGCCCGCGCCCUUCAGCCCCCCGCAGACCACCCCGCAGCCCCAGCGACAGGCCACGUCCUCGGCAGGCACCGCCGGCACCACCCAGCAGCAGACCAGCGCCGCCUACAACAACAACAAUAACAACAACUUCUACAGCCCGCAGAACGCCCCCAGGCCGUUCUCGCCGUCGCCCGCACCCCAGAGCUACUCGCCGACCAGCGCGCCCAGCACGGUGGCGGCCUUCAACAACCAGUUCAACAGCAACAGCAGGCCGUCGUCGCCCAGCAGAGCAUCCGCCGCCGCCGUCACCACGGCCGCGCCGCCGCCGCCCAAGAAGUACACCGCCAAGGUGGUGCAGAACCAGCAGGCCAGCCCCACCGCCGCCGCGCCGCUCAAGUCCACGGCCGCCGCCGUGGCGCCCAAGAACGACUACGACUACGCGUACUACGACGACAGCGACGCGGGGGCAUACGAGUACGGCCUCGACCCCAUCAGCGACUCGCACUUCGCCAAGACGCGCACGGACAGCGUCAAGAUCAAGAAGGACCAGUGAAGCAAGUGCAAGGCCAUAUUAUUGGGUAGGACAAAAAAGAAGCAAGAACUGAGGACGUGCCUCCAGGACGCUGAGGACGAGGACGGCGUCAUGACGUCAUGACCGCGAUAGACGCGCUAACGUCGACGCCGCCACGGCACGCGUCAGUCUGAGUGGGCUGUGUGUUAAAGUUUGUUGUUAUUGUGUUUUGAAAGAUAACGAAAAUGUCACAAAAAAGAGUCGGCUGGGCCGGAUGAGUAGGGAAAAAUUAGCUUGGGUUCCGACAUCAAAAUUAUGAACCGCCCUGGCAUAGGUGUAUCACAAACAAUAUUUUGCGAGAAACAAAAAUAGUGUUGAUCCCAAGCAGUGUGAGUGCUGUUGCACAGAGUCACUGGUGGCAAAGUAGGCAUCCCUCCGCCGAAAACAAUUUGACACAAUUUGAUGUGAUUUACUUUGUACAGAACAUUAUUCUGCCUUCUGCCCUUCAAAUUGUGUCAUAGUAUUUUCAAAUUUUGGCUGGAAGAGCAAUCUUUUUCUGCAUGAGUCCUUGGUGGCUGCAAUUACAAAAUGUACCUUUGUACGAAAGGCAAUGCCUUCCAACAUCUUCGUUUAUGACCGUGUUUGCGAACUAGUUUGCAGCUCAAUGUGUUCCUUAUUUAAUUUUUUAUGUACGAUUUUCUUGUAAUCCACUUGGAUAUUCUCUUUUAAUGUGUGUGAGUGUGUGUGUUUGUGUGUGUAUAUGUGUGUGUGAGUGAGAAUGAUGGGUUGAGGAUGUCUGCCAUAUUGGUUGUAACCCAAAAUGUUGAAAUUCGAAACAGUGCAAAAUGAAUGCUGUAAAAAACCAGCAAAUGAGCUUUGGAAUUUUUUGAAGUGCGCCAUCAAAUUAUGCAUGCAGUCUAGCGAAGGAAAAGUUACCAAACAAACGACAACCGAUGUGAGAUCUGAAGUCAUAACUUCCUGUUCAAAUAAGGGCAUUAGUACACAGACUAAUAAUGUAAGCGCAUGUAAGCUGAGGCAGAAUCGACAUGUUUUUAAAACAGUGUUUCUUACAGGCUGCAAACAGCUAGUGGACAGAAGACAGGACAAAAAUUAAUUAUACUUGCCUUGUGACAUAGAAGAGUCAUUGAGGGCAUCAUGAAAGUUCAGCUUUGUACAGGACUUCGACAUCUUUAGACUGAGAUAGUAUCUACAUUAAAAACUGCAUCAGAAAGUUACCAGAAAUAAAAUGUAGUGAUAAAAAAAGGAAACAUAGUGUUGCCAACAUUGUAAAUACUUAAUAUUACCUGGAGACUGUUAAUAAAUCUCUCUUUUAUAAAAAUUGA